ACUUCCACCUGCCUGUAGUUGAACUACAGAGUGCAAACAGAACAAAGAAAGUAAACAAGAAUUUAUUGACUUGAUUUGAAAUGUCUGGAAAGAAGCAAAAAGCAUACGAAAAAGUUCAAUUUUCUUAAGAGAAAAAAUCAUAAAAAACAGUUACGCAAAAAAUCCACAAAAAUGUCGCUUUUCGAAAAUCCUGAUAGCAUACGCAUGUUGCGCGAUUUACUCACACCCCCCGAGGAGCGAGACAAUUCUGACACCGACAACGAUGACGAGCCAAUCGCCAGACGCAACAAUUUCACGCCCGCAAAUAUUGGCAGCAAAUGCAGUGGAGAAGACAAACAAAAACAAGUGCGAACGGAAGCACUGGAGCAACCAGUGCCAACCAGCAUCGAGGAGUGGCAAGAGCAGCAGGAGCGGCAGGAUGCUGAGAUUUUGGAGACACGCAAGCGACCGGAGUACAGCAUGACCUAUCGGCAAGCGGUGGGCACCGAGGACCUUUACCUGCAGAUGGGCAAUCGCACUAAUGCCACGGCCAGUUGUGAGGAUUUGCUGCUGGAUAUACUGCUGCCCGACGAGACAACACCGGCGGAUAAAAUGGAUUUGUCAAUUACCGAAGAUGAAGUGGAUUUGGCGACGCCAAUUUAUCGCCUCAAAUUGCCACUGCCGCACAAGGUGAACGUGGAUCGUUGCAGGGCCAAGUAUGUUGCUGAGCUGCGCAAACUCUGCCUGACAUUGCGACUGCAACGUGAAUUCGAUUAUGUGAACUUUUAGAAGCGACGCCAAAGCUAAGCUGCUGUGCCCGCAAGUUGCUUCAACCAACUUCAUAUCUACUGCGUCUACGAGCAGCUGC